UGGGCCUCUAGAUCAUUCUGGAGGUUUACAGAGCGCCACGUCGAAUAAAAACGUACACAUCUAACCCUAUCAUUGCGUGCCACGUGUUAAGCCGACACGUGGAUGGUGCCAUCGCUUGUUAAAAUAUUUCUUCCAUUUCCAGGCACGAGUCUUUGCAUUGUACAGCAUACAGCGUGAAUUACUUCUUCGCAGACUAGAGAAAUUUCAUUUUUCCCUAAAGACCCCGCGGCGGGAUUCGAAGCCUUGGCCUGGCUACAUAAUAUUUAUGACACUAUCAUUUUCUGUUUAACAAUUUUUUAGGGUUUGUCUGAGGUUUUAAGGCUUGUGAAGCGCCCGUGGCUUGUUUUCUUUUGUGAAUUUGAGUUUUAGUGCUUAGGAAAUUUAUACUGGCAAUGCUCAGAAAGGAAGAAGGUACAGGAGGGGAGAAUAAUAGUAAUUGUAACAGUAGUAGUACCAAUAUUAGUAAUUCAGUGGGAAUAUUUAUGUGGGGUUAUCUCCCUGCGAUUUCUCAGAGGGUGCCGUUGCUGUCACCGACACCUGUCCCUCGUUCCACUACGCAAGAGCCCUGGAAGGAGGUUUGCAGCGGCGGCUGCGGUUUCGCACUGGCUUUAUCCGAAUCUGGAAAGCUUAAUACAUGGGGUUCUACAGAUGAUCUAGGUCAAAGCUAUGUGACAUCCGGGAAGCAUGAGGAGAAUCCUGAGCCUUUUCCAUUACAAACAGAAGCUGCUAUUGUACAGGCAGCUGCUGGAUGGGCACAUUGUAUUGCUGUAACAGACAGAGGAGAAGUCUAUACCUGGGGUUGGAAAGAGUGUGUUCCAACUGGUAAGACAACUGCAGAUCAGGUGCUAACUGGAGCUCCAAGUACAGAGAAAGACAUGUUGGGCAGCCAGGUUGAGUCAUCAACAGAUCAAGGUGAUUGUGGGUUACUUGUUAGACCUUCUUUUAAUGAUCAGUAUGAGUGUCAUUACUCUUGCCCAAGUACUUCAUCAGAAGUUUCACAGAAAAGUAAGAAUGAUCCUACAACAUCAGGUACUAGGGGCAAAUUUGCUGCAUCAGGUCUCUUGCAAAGUGACAGGAUGGUAGCAGAUUCAUCAGCAAGUAUGAAGUCACAUUUGAGUCGAUCUUCGCCAAGAGUUCCAAGCAAUGUUGGCUUAACAACUCAUGAUCAAAGUGGUGAUGAUGGAGCAAAACGAAGAAGACUAGCUGCAGCUAAGCAAGUGACUUUGCCUGAGAGUUCAACUGCUGGUGGUGAUGCUGUCUCAGCACCACUUUGUCUUGUUACCUUGCGGCCAGGAGAGAAAAUAGUUACAGUGGCCGCUGGUGGAAGGCAUACGUUGGCACUAUCAGAUACUGGUCAAGUCUGGGGUUGGGGAUAUGGAGGUGAGGGUCAAUUAGGUUUGGGUUCUCGGAUAAGAACAGUUUCAUCACCCCACCUUGUGCCUUGUAUAGACACUGCUUCUCAUUGGCAAGGGGCACAUCAAGCAGGGCCAAAGGGAAGCAGAAUGUCUGAGGGGCAGACUAUCAAAGCCCCAGGGAACUAUGUUAAAGCCAUUGCAUGUGGAGGACGACACAGUGCAGUGAUUACUGAUGCAGGAGCCUUAUUGACAUUUGGAUGGGGUCUGUAUGGGCAGUGUGGACAAGGUUUCACGGAAGAUGAGCUUAGUCCCACCUAUGUUUCAUCUCUUGGAGGCUUGCAAGUACAGGCAGUGGCUGCUGGUUUGUGGCAUACAAUCUGUAUCACUGCUACAGGAGACGUUUACGCCUUUGGUGGGAAUCAGUUUGGUCAACUUGGAACAGGUGGAGAACAGGCUGAGAUGUUUCCAAGGCUUUUAGAGGCAUCAAGUUUGGAGAACCAACAUGCUAAAAUUAUUUCCUGCGGGGCUCGACACAGUGCUAUAAGUACAGAAAAUGGAAAGGUGUUUUCCUGGGGUUGGAACAAGUAUGGACAGCUUGGCUUGGGUGAUGCCAUCGAUAGAAAUAUUCCUUGUGAGGUGUGGAUUGUAUGUAUACGGCACACAAUGUUGGGCCGAAAGAUGUUAGAAGUACUAUUUGCUCCAGUUUCCACUCAGAAACAUCUGUACGAUCAAUAUUUUUCGUAUGUUCUUGACGUAGGGGAUGAAUACAGAAAAACAUGUGGCUGCCGGACCUCCCAUGUCAAGCUCGAUUCUAUAGUGGCAACUUGAUUGGAAACCCAUCAGAAGCAGGCUUGGACUGCUAAAGAGAUUGCUCAAUUUUAAACAAAGAUUGAAGGAUGGGAGAUUUAUGUAAGAAUGAUAUUGGGUUGGAAACAAAUCUCUCUUUCAAAUUGUGUCAAUCCUUAACCAAUAAGGCAAAGCUAGUUUUUUCUAGCUCACUGCCAAGUAAGACACCAGUUCGGUGUAUGACUUUCCUUUUUAGGACUCCAUAAGAGUACUAUUUUUCUAUUUACCUCACAUAUUAUUCAAAUUUGUACCUUAUGAAGUUCCAAACCUUUGACUUCAAAAAAUAUGUCUUCUAAUUCAGACGCCGGUUUUUCUUAUGUGGAGUACAUUUGUACCUCUUCUGUGGGCAAUCCGUAGUUUCUUUUGCAGGCAAGAAUACCCAUCCUCUGGUUCAUACAUAUCGACUUUUCAUAGCUUCAGUACUUGUGUGGGACAUGUCGAUGAAGUUCAAAAACUGUUGAAUUUGUUUGUUAUUUUUCUUGUGUACGGUAUAAUUCUUCUCCCUUUUUUUGUAGAUAUUUGGCAGUGCUUAUCUGCAGCUGGCAGACACAUA